CUGCUCGGACUCUGGGAUCCUACACUCCCUUCGCGUGCCUCCUGUUGAAGAGCAGAAACUGACGUUUGUUUAAACCAAUCAACCCCAGAAACUUUCCUGGGCACUUGUCCAAUCGGAAAAUAGAAGGGCAGUUGUCUUCUUGGUAUUUGAAAAGGGGCUGUCCAAUGAGGCGGAGUUUGAGAGGGUAGUGUCGAUGAUUGAUUACUCCUUUAACCAAUAAGGACUACGAUCUCUCUCGCCUCAGAAAAAUCUUAACUCCGUCUCCAGCAGGAUCUGUAAUAAUUCAUGGGUCUACUUUUUUAACAAAAUCAUUUGGUUUAGACACUGAAGGUCUCAGAAGCGAAGAUUGGCACUCCUCAAAAUCCCACGACGGACAACUCAAAGCCUCUUACAGAACAAAAGUCCUCUCAUGGAGGGGGCGUCACCCCCGGGCAAGCCAAGCCGCUGCCCAUUGGCCCCAUGGUCCCCGUGACAGACGUCCUCUCAGCCCAAUGACUUUCUCCACUGGAGGCAUCCCCUCCUCGCCCUGGGCCGGGCCCUGCCCACCCUAUUCCUCCUGGUUGAGAUGGGCUCAGCCAAGAGCGUCCCAGUUACUCCAGCGCGGCCUCCACUGCACAACAAGCAUCUGGCCCGAGUGGCGGACCCCCGUUCACCUACUGCCGGCAUCCUUCGCACUCCCAUCCAGGUGGAGAGCUCUCCACAGCCAAACCUACCAGCAGGGGAGCAGCUGGAGGGUCCUAAUGAGGCCCAGGACUCAGAUCCCCGUUCUCCUACCCUUGGUAUUGCACGGACACCUAUGAAGACCAGCAGCGGAGAGCCCCCAAGCCCACUGGUGAAACAGCUGAGUGAAGUAUUUGAGACCGAAGCCCCCAGAUUGAAUCUUCUCCCAGAUCCUGGUCUGCCUCCAGAGGCACCUUCAUCUUCUGAAUUAGACUUGCCUCUGGGCACCCAGUUUUCCCUUGAGGACCAGAUGCCACCUUGGAGCCAAACUGAGCUCCCCUCCAAGCAGGCAUUUUCCAAGGAGGAAACAGGACAGCCCUCAGAAACCUCUGUGGCCAGCCAGGGCUCAGACAAGCCCUUGAGAGACCCUGAGACUCCCCGAUCUUCAGGUUCCAAGUGCAACAGACAGAAACCAAAGGGGAAAGUACUAGGAAGAUCUCCCCUCACCAUCCUGCAGGAUGACAACUCCCCUGGGACUCUGACACCACGACAGGGUAAGUGGCCUUCUCUGAGUGAAAAUGUUAGGGAACUAAAGGAAGGGGCCAUUCUGGGAACUGGACGACUUCUGAAAACUGGAGGACGAGCAUGGGAGCAAGGCCAGGACCACGACAAGGAAAAUCAGCACUUUCCCUUGGUAGAGAACUAGGCCAUGUGUGGGUCCAGCACUGGGUUCCCUAGGGGCCUAGUGACAUUCCCUACACUCACCCCUUCUCUCCCUGGGAGACUGGACAGGCUUGUUUUCUUUAACUCCACCUAAACUACCAACUCUGGGACUGAGAGCUUCCUUGGGCUUUGUUAGUGUCUUAUGUGUUUCUUGCAUAUUAAAGAAAGUGGUUUUAAA